UUAUUGACCAUUAGCCAGCUGUAGCAGAGGACCUCAGCUGCUUUCUGCAAUGUUUUACAACACGUCUUUUAUCAUUUUACAGACAACGAGCCGGAAGAAAACAUAAGCUGAUGUAGACUCAUUCAAACGACUCGUUUCCAUCGAUUAACCAAGUAUUAUUUUCUAGGAAACGGAAGUAAUUUGAUGAUUUGCUUCAAUGAGUCAGAGGAGGGUGAUUGAGACAAUGAAAGUAUAUCUACUAUCUAUAUUCCAAAACAAUAUCUGUUACAUGUCGAAAGAUGAAUGUUUAAAUGUAAAAAUAACCGACGAACGAGUAGUUUAUGUUUUUUAAUUGUGUAGCUUCCUAUCAUCAGGCAGUUGUAUUUAGAUCAGUUCAGUUGUAUUGAUAAAGGCAGAUACAUUAGGAAAUGAUGGAGGAAGAGCUCAUGGAUCAGAUCAUGUAUGCUGUACAUCAGCUAGUUUCUUGGAUCGCAUCUUUUGCCAUCAUAUUUGGAGGAGUUGUGCCAUACAUCCCUCAGUACAGAGAUAUUCGCAGGACUCAGAAUGCUGAAGGAUUCUCCACCUAUGUUUGCCUGGUAUUGCUGAUAGCCAACAUAUUAAGAAUACUGUUUAGAUUUGGACGCUAUUUUGAGACCCCGCUGCUUUGGCAAAGUAUAAUCAUGAUCACCACAAUGUUAGUCAUGCUGAAUCUGUGCACCAACGUCCGCAUGGCCACUGAACUCAGCACCAAACGCCGCUCAUUCACAGCAACAGACAGUAAGGAUGAGGAAAUCAAAGUUCCUAAGCGACUCUUUCUGGACUUUGACUUGAAUUACUUCUGGUCCUGGAGUCGUUUCAUGGAUUACCUGCAGUGUGUUCUGGCCUUCACACUGUUGGCCACCUAUGUGACGUAUCUGAUGCUGGACUCGGUUCUGUUUGUGGAGACUCUGGGUUUUCUGGCCGUGUUCACAGAGGCCAUGUUGGGAACUCCACAGCUCUACUGCAACUACCAGAAUAAAUCUACAGAAGGCAUGAGCAUUAAGAUGGUGUUGAUGUGGACCAGUGGAGACACAUUCAAGUCCGGAUACUUCCUGUUGACUCAGGCUCCCAUGCAGUUCUGGAUCUGUGGUCUCCUGCAGGUGUGCGUGGACAUCGCCAUCCUCUUCCAAGUGUACUACUACAGUCGAUACCCACAGAAACCCAUCUCGCACACCACACAUACCACCGCCAAGGCCCUUUAAAACACACCCAUUUGAACAAACUUGCACCAUGGAUCUAUAUACAGUGGUCUUAAAAGGUAUUUGUGCACAUCAACCACGUUUACAAAUGUGUUAUUGCUCACGUUUUUUUUUUUUUUUUUAGCUGGACUAAGCUUAAUCUUUUUGGUGCCAAGGUGAUUUUUAGCGGAUGUAAAGUCACUUCACAUGGGUGUCUUCUUAACCACAAUAUUGAGGGUCAUUUUACUAUAAUAUCUAUUGUUGUAUGGUUCAAAAUAAUAUUAGUUUCUGUGUGACAUAUUUAGCAGUUUUUCUUUCUUAAAAAAUUCCUGGUAUUUGGUUUUUACUUUGGGGCCACUGUAUAUAGAUAUAACACACACAUAGAUAUAAGCAACUGCUGCGUACGCUAAUGUAUACGAGCAGCAGUAUUUGUAAGGAAACGCAGUUAUAGUUACAAGCACACCAGCCCACAGCAAUUCUAAUCAUGGAUUUAAAAACGAAAAAGCCUUAGAGAUUCUCAGAAAGACUGGAAAUGUAUCUGACAUCAGAUGAGUGAAUGUACAAAGCUUUUAUUAUGCAAGAUGAAUGCAGUUUACUUGAUUUUAUUGAGAAUAUAAGACAGGUUUACCUCAGUAGAGUGCUGUUGUGAUUCAAAAGAACAGCACGGGACGCUACCCUGAACCAAAAACCAAACCCUCUACAUUUGUUAGUAAGUAUAGUUAAAAUAGUUAAAUUAGGAGACAAUCCUAACAUCAUCAUCAUAGAAACGUCUGACCAUUCAGAAGCAUUAAAACCCUCAUAUCUAUCGACUAUUAAAACAUUUGUGUUAUAGGGAGUUUAUUUAUAAUUUAUGUGCUAUAGUUUUAUCUGAUUUCAAGGCUAAGUAAUUCAUACAUGAACUCUGAACAUUGCUGUAUAGUUCAUAUACGCCAGUCAAGUGGUGGUUGUUGUUUUUUUAAAGAGAUGCUGCUCAUUGAUAGUCUCUUUAAAGAGAGAUUUCUCUUCCACUAACAUAUGUCAUUUUGUUCAUUUUGUCAACGCAAGCAUUCCAUAAACACAUACAGAUAUUAUGAAAUGCUUAUAAUUGCCACAACUCGGUUCUUCUCAUUUAGAUUAUAAAGACAGGGUUUACUUUUUUACUUCUGUUGUUAUUUAUUUCUAUUCUAUUUGUUCUGUCUGUUUACUUGCUUGACCCCGAGUUCACCCAAAAAUAAAAAUCCUGUCAUUAUUAAGCUACUCAAGUUAUUUUAAACCUUUAUACAUGUGUUAAUCCGCUGGAAGAUAUUUUGAACAUUUGUACAGUUUUGGAGCACCAUUGACUUCCAGAGUAUGGAGUAAGUCAAUGGUGCACCUGCUUUUUGCUUAAAGGGUUACUCCACUUUAAAAAAACAAACAAACAGAUAAUUUACUCACCCCAUGUCAUCCGAGAUGUUUAUUCAGUCGGAAAAUUUUUUUUUUGAGGAAAACAUCAGGAUUUUUUCCAUAUAGUUGACUUUAGUGGACCUCAACAGUUUCAAUGCAGCUUCAAAGGGCUCUUAAUGACCGAGGCAUAAGGGUAUUAUAUAGCGAAACGAUCGUCAUUUUCGCCUAAAUUCUUUAUACUUUUACACCACAAUUUCUCGUCUAGCACUAGGUGUGUGACACGCCAGCACGACCUUACGUAUUUUGUAAUCACAUUACAUACAGUAUUUGAAAUGCACAUUUGUGGAUCAUUUUAAACAAUAAACUGACAAAAAGACAUUUAAUAAGAAUCAUUCCACAUGUAGUAGUUUUGCAUACAUCAUCAUGCAUGACUUUCGACGUGAUUACGUAAUACGUAUGGUUACGCUGGUGCAUCACAUGGCUAGUGCAAGACGAGAAGUGUGAUGAGUAGUUUAUAAGUAGGGCUUCAUAACAACUAAUCGCAACUAAUUGUUAGCAAAAUUAAAGUUUUUGUUUACAUCAUAUAAAUGUGUAUAUUGUGUAUAAUAAUUAUGUAUAUAUAUAAAUACACGCACAUGCAUGUAUAUAUUUAAGAAAUAUUUACAUGUUUAUAUACAUUGUUAUAUUUAUAUAUCAUUUAUAUUACAUUACAUACAUUUGAAAACUUUCUUAAAAUUUUACAUGCAUUUGUGUGUAUGUAAAUAUACAUAAUUAUUAUACACAAUACAUACAUAUAUAUGAUGUAAACAAAAACUUUAAUUCUGCUAAUGAUUAGUUGUUAUGCAGCCCUAUUUAAAAGUACUUUUUUGCAAAAAUUAUAAUCGUUUUGCUAAAUAAGAUCCUUAUGCCUCGGCUGGGAAUGUUUGGAGCCCUUUGAAGCUGCAUUGAAACUGCAAACUGUUAAGGUCCACUAAAUGUUGAAAAAUAAAAUAAAAAUUACUAAAACAUGGGGGUGAGUAAAUUACCAGAAUUAUUUUUUAUGAAAAUGGAAUAAUCCUUUAAUUACAAAUAUCUUCUUCUGUAUUCAGCCGAACAAAGAAAUGUAUAAACGAAUGAAAUCACUUGAGCGUGAGCAAAUAAUGACAGAAUUUUUAUUUUUGAGUGAACUGUCUCUUUAGGUUUUGGCUUUAUUUUAAUGUAUUUCUUUUUCAGCGUUUAUAUUUUGUUACUGUAAAUGUUGGAUUUGAUUGUAUGCUUUUAUCUAUAUUUCUAUUAUUUUAAACCGUUAUCUAUGUAAGAUUCAUGGAAUGAAAGUACCAGCUGUAUACAUCUGUUCAUGAUUACAUCUAUCUCUGUAGUCCACACAGUAUUUUUGUUGCAUCGGGUACCCGUCUAGCCAAAUGUUACUGUUAUAUUUUUUUUAAGUUGUAUGCCAUUGUACACUUAAUAUUUUCAAUGCUGCUUUUUAUAGCACAUUUGUUCAUAAAGUUUUUUGGAAGAAAAAUGCUUUUGUGAUUUUUAUGUGAAUUUAUAUUUUUAGGAAAAUGUUUUGCAAGCACAUACAGUACUGUUUUGACUAUCUAUCAAAAUGAUAUACUAGUAUAUAGCUAUUCUUUUAUUAGGUAAAUAUCACAAAACUAUGUCCAGGGUGAAUAAUAACGAUAGGUUCAGGGUGAAUUACUCAUUCUUUCCUAAAGAAAAAUAGCUGUGAUGUACGAUCAUUGUGACAUUAUUGCUCUGCGGUCUAUUUUGUACCAGCAUUCUCACAGGUUGUGAAACAUUCAGACUGGAUUAUAUUAUACAUUAUAUAUGUUGAGACAUUAAAUGGCCUAUUCUGUAUUAAAAUGGGAACCUGAGAUUUAUUAGAUUUGUGGUCACUAUAGCAGUGUUUGUCUUGGUCUUGCCUUUAUAAGCACAUUAUUCUCAGGGGGGGUCAAUGUACCGCUAGUCAAUAUGAACCGUCCAUUACUGCUGGAACAAUCUGACCCAUUUUCUAUCACACACACUAUUUACUGUAUCAUCAAUUUACAAAGCAAGCUAACAGUCAAGACCAUUAAAAAAUAAGAAACUUUUAUUUCUUUAAAGGGUCAUUCAUUUUGUUUAUUACAACCAAGAUCCUGAGACUAUGGCAUCUAAAGUAACUAUACGCAGAAAAUGUGAUGUAAUUGUGUUUUCACAAACAUUUGUUAUUGCGAAUCAGCCGUAUAGGAGCAUAACUCAAAGUUCAUAACAGUGUUACUCGCUGUGUCCUCUGUCACCAAAGAGGAAAGCUUAUCGUACCUUAAAGGUGGAUGCAAAAUUAAAUGGCAUUCUUCACAGUUUUUACAGGAACAUCCUUGCUUAAAGGAACAGUUCACCCAAAAUCUUUACUGAAAGCCCCCAGGGACUGUCAUAUCUCACUGCACUUUCACAUAUUACAUAACUUGGCUUUGUAUUAUAUAUUCAAACUUUGGUUAUGACAACUGAUGUGACAUGCCUUCACACCAUACAUUCAAAUGUAUGCAGAUGAGAUUUGAAAGCUAUUGUAGAUAGGGAAUUUUGCAUGAAUAAAUGAAUGGUAUCAUGUGACUUUAAAAACAUGUUUAAACAUCUUAAAGGGACACUCCACUUUUUGUGAAAAUAUGCUCAUUUUCCAGUUCCCCUAGAG